AUGAGUCCGGUUAAACAUUCGACGCCAAGGGCUACGUAAUCAGGGGUAAUGGGGCCAGACGACGGACCCGGUACGGUCGUAGCCUGGAGGAAAAUACUGUGGGAGCGUCAACCCUUCCCCGACAACUACGUAAACCACUGCUUCAUGGAGGAGUUGCGUAGGAACAAGGGUCUCCGCCAGUACCGCUACUGGGCUGUGGUGCGAGAGGCAGGUCUGGUAGGGCAGCAGCUUUCCUGCGUGGCCAUUUUCAUUACACUCUGGCUCUACAUGGAGGAGGGCCUCCUGUUCCCGGGCACCAUCCUGGUUGUCAGCCUAGCUACCCUGCUAAUGGGCUACGGACUGUACCGAGCCCUCGGUUUGCGGGUGGAACCUGUUCUCUCACAUCGGACCUGUCUGGCCGAUUUACAGAGAGCCACCAUUUACCUCGCCUUCAUCUUUUGCAUCUCACCAGUCUUAAAGAGACUGACAGAGUCUUUGAGCACAGACACGGUGUACGCCAUGUCAGCCCUUAUGCUUCUGGCUCAUUUGGUCUCCUUCCCGUACACUCAUCCCUCACCCACGGAAAGUCUCUCCCUCAACGUGGCCCUAUUCGCGUCAGUCUGUCUGGCAUCCCGCCUCCCGGGCACACUAGACACCUUCACUAUGCUCAGCUGCGCACCUAUGAUCUUUGCACUAUGGCCCUGCCUGCUGAGGCGGGUGAAGGACAGAGUCCCGUGCCACUUUGCUGUGGGGUGCGCGGGGGUUUGUGCAGCAGGCGUGGGUGGCCUGGCGUCUCGUUGGCCGGGAGGGGUGGUCCUUCUGGUGCUGGCAUUGGUCUUCGUGAUACUACUUUGCCCUUGGCUGCUGGUUCGGCUACAGAGGGAUAAGGACAAUAUCCACGGGCCUUGGGAUGAGGCAGAGAUCCACGAGGACCUUAGUCGCUUCCUCCACUGAAGGAGGCCUGGAUGAAGCACAGAUUCCAGCUGCACACAAGCUCAUGAGGUCCAAUAUGUGUAACACUGCCAUUACAAAAAUAUGGAUAUGGUCUUGGGAUAUGUUUGAAAAAGAACUUUUUAAAAGUGUGUAAUCGUUAUGAAGCCAUUUUUUGCAUUGGCUUUAAUUACCUAAUGAAGAGCCAGUGAAAGGAUUAACUGUCACAUUGUUUUGCAAUGCAGGUGACAAUAUUAGAGAUACAGCUACUAUUGUAAUAUUUCGAGUGAUGACCUCAAUUCAAGGGAAAGACAACACCUAGUAUAAAUGACCUUUAUGUUGCUCAUAUGUAAACCGCAAAAAAAAAAAAAAAAAAAAAAAAUAGUAUUUGACAUAGAGCGCCGCCGUCAACAUGACUCGAAAGUAGGAGUGCGAACCUCUUGGUACCUCACGAUACGAUACGAUUUGCGAUACAAAGCUCACGAUAACAAUGAUCUGAUGAUAUGGCGAUACAACGAUUAUCGAUACAUUGGUCAGGAAAUCAUUCUAAGAUAGUCUACAAAAAACUAAUAAACAGAGAACACAAGCUUCUGCUGUGAAUUGGAAUGAGUUUAUCACUAGUAGAUGUCCAAUCUAUUUGAAAUGGGAGGGUGGCAGCGUAUGAACUUUCGUUCAUACGCUGCCAUCACUCCCACUUCAAACGGAUUGAACGUCUAUGGCUGUCAGUGGCAGUCAAUGCCAGGCAAUGAGGUGAUUUUGGGCAUUUAAGGUCAUUCACCUGUUGAUUUUCAAUUACUUCCUGUUGAUUUUGGGGUAUUUUAUUGGUCACUUCCAGUUUAUUUUGAGUUACAGUCGAGGAAGUGACCUGGGAAUCACCCAGAUCAAUAGGCAGUGACUCAAACCUGUAAAUGCCCCGAAAAUCGGACAGAAUGACUGCGAAUGCUCUGGUUUCGAAUGAACGAACGUUCCUUGUCUAAAUGGAUUGGGUGUCGAGCACCACCAAUGGCAGCCUUAGAGUGACCUGAGACACUAUUAUGUUGGAAGAAUUUGGCAGCAACUUGCUGGUUCCUUUUUUUUUUUUUUUUUAAACAUUGACACCUUUUUAUAACGAUAUCUCGAUUUUUGGCAGAAGCAUAUCAAUAACCUUUUGGGAUACUAAGUAUCACGAUAUAUCACCAUUUUGAUAAUUUGUCACACCCCUACUCGAAAGCGCAGAUUUUAAUCUCCCAGUUUUUAUUUUGCAUCGAUUGACCACUGAAAACCAUAGAUAUGGUCCUUUUAAUUUCAUACUAGGAAAUAAGUUUUUUCCAAGGGCGUAGGUUUGGUCUCAACUUUGGUAGGAAUGAUAUAACAGCAUUACCUGCAUGUACACUUUUUGCUGGCGACAAGACAUUAAUAAGAGCAAACAUAUUUGGUGAACGGGGGUCAGGGCUACAUUUCUCACGAAUAUCAACCUAGUUAAUUGAUAGGCUAACUGCUCAAUGCAAAAAUAAAUCUGUAUGGACUAAAUUUCAUAUGUAUUGGUUCAGGUGAUAAACCUUUCAAUUCAAACCUUUGUCUUCAAAAACUACUAAAGCAACAUUUUGAAAACUUCCAGAAUAAAUGUCUGGGUUUUAUUUGCAAUAUUUGAACAUGACCUAAAUUAUAUUAUUAUUCACAAUAAAUACAAACUUGUAAAUAAUCUCUUAACUAUCCAGUAAAGCAAAUAAUAAACAUUUGUCUUAAGACCACUCAACAUUGUCUGUCUAAAUGAAUAAACAUAAAUGAAAGAACUUCUUGGUCAGGGAAUACACAAAAAAAAAAGUAAAAAUUGAGCUUUCCUUCAGGUAAAACACUACUGCUUUGUCCACAAGCACAGCCAAACUCAACAAAAAAAUGAACGUUCCUCAUGGCUGCUUUAAGACCACAUAAAUAAAAUAGAAAUGAAAAUUGGGGAGAAGGGGGUAAACCUCGGUUCACUCAUUUCUCACAGUUUGAUUAAUCCUAACAGUAAAAAAACACAGAGGAGGAUACUUUUCUCCAAGCAGCUUCCUACUUGAGUUUUGCAGGUUAGCAAAUUCACACAGUUUAAUGUUAUGCUAACUCUGAUGCAGGUUGGACUUUCAGGAGCAAAAUUAAUGGUGCGUUCCCCAUUUCCACACCAUCUUUUUACAUUACUUUUAGUGGCUGCUGCCGGCCGAAAAAAAACAAAAAACUUCUAAUAUCCCUCCUCUUCGAAAGGGGUGGAGGAGGCGGUAUGUUGUCAGUCUGUUGUAUUUCUGUCAGGGCUGUGAGUGCGUGUGUGUGUGUGUGUGUGUGUGGGGGGGGGGGGGGUCAAGUCAUCAGCCAAUCAAACGUGUGUUUGAAGAAAAAAAAAGACUGGCACCUUCAGCAAGUAAAAAGGGGUAAAUGUUAGUCUGAAUAUAAUGAAAAUAAUUCACUUAAUAAUGGUAGGCGCAGUUCUAUUCUUACAACAUAUAGGUUGACAAUCCAAAUUACCUAUAUAACUGAAGUCAUUAUAUAAUGCAAAUAAGGUUGCUUAAAAGUUGGUAGGGACAAUUUGAGCAUCCUGAAAAGUUGGUAGUGUUAUGUCCAUACCGUCCCCAUGCAAACCUAUGCCCUUGGUUUUCUUCACUAGAGGGCACUCAUGCUGUUUGGAUGAAUAAUGCUUAAUUUCUGUAGAUUUUUUUGUCGUCGGAAUUCAUUGUUUUUUUUUGUCGUUGUAUUUCUUUGGCUAA